AUGUCACCUAAUCAGCGUGAGAUUCAGCGACAGCUGAUGAAGAAGUACAACAUUGUUUUUGAUGGACCAAUUGACUCAAUCGCCAACCCGCAAUGGCCAAGCACUUACAACACGAUAUUUGAUCAUAUCCGGCAACUUGGUAGAACUGAUUACUCACAGUAUCGUGAGAGUAUAUCGGCGGAUUUUACAAAGUCACCAUGGAGGUACCAGGUGCAGCGACGCGCGAAGCGCAUCACGGAGAAAGCGAAGCUCUGCAUUGAGAGUAGGAAGAAUGAGAGUGGUUGGCGCUUGUCGCUUGAAUCUGAGGUGAUGGCUCGGUUUUCAGUAGAAAUUGCCUGUCGCAAUUGUCGCGGCCGUCUUUGGCGCUCCGAGCAAGAAGUUACUGCUACCAGUCAAUCAGACGAGGAUGACGCCAACUCUCUCAAGGCUCGGCAGAAGAGGCGACAGCCUUGCAACUGCAAGAACAAUAAUUUAUCACGAGAAAUCCAAGAGCAAGGCAUAAGCCCUCUAUUUGACGACAGGGCUGAGGAAGCAAUUAUCUACUCCAACGAACUGCGAGCAGAGCUACCAAAGCGCGAAGAUCGGCCCGAUCGCGUUUACGGGCUUCAAGUCACCGAGAGACUAUCUCGAUUACUUCUUGCGGCUGAAACCGUGAGGUCCAGCCCAUUCCGACAAGAUGGCGAUCCUCUUGUCUUUCCCUUCUUAGUGAUAGAGGCCAAGUCCGAGAAGGGUUGCGACGCUUUCACCGAUAUCCAAGUCCAGACUGCCUUCGCCAUCCGAGAGCUAUUGUCCAUUCAGGAUCAAUUAGCCCGAUUGGCGGAAGAGGAUACAGAAUGGGAUGCAGGUCCUCUUGUAUGGUUUUUGUCUUACAAGGGUGAGCAAUGGAGAGUGUGUGCUGCCUACAUUCAUGAUCAAAAUGGCAAGACAUCUUAUCGCGUGGUUCGUCUUUGGAGUGGUGGUGUAGACUCACUGGACAGUGCGCUGCAGCUCCUUCUUAUCGUCGACUACAUCGCAGACUGGGCUCGGGACAUCUAUCGAGAAGGAAUCGCCCGCAGCUUAAUGAAGCUUGCUUCUCACGAUACUCAGAGCCUAGUACGGGAUGCCGAUAUCUUUUCCUUGGCGGGAAAUGUCAAAGAGUGGGCUUGCAGCAGUCCCGAAGCAAGUGAGGCUGGCGCAAGUCAAUCAUUUCAGGACCCUCUUCGCGAGUUCGACUGCUGCGGCGGUAUUUUGCGGGAUUCGAGAUUUGUCCGCAGCAAGUUCAUUGAACUUAUCAUCACCGAAGAAAAUGUUGAGCAAUUCCUUCAAACUGGCGCUACCACUGGCGACACAAUGAGGCUCGCCGCUCAUCUACUCAACUCCAUCAGAGACUCAGUCCGGGUAAAAGGGGGAGUGCUAAAUGAACUCGAACUUUUAUGGACUGACUGUGAUCGCAACCUAUCAAAUAUCUCUUCCCCAGAUGAGGUAUUCUACGUCGUGGCGACAUCUGUAUUCUACCUCACACCGUACUUUGAUCAGACGAGAGAGCUCAGUUAUGUUGCGGUGUCAGAAUCACUCAUCCUAGACCUCGCUAAGAUUGCCCGGUUCCAGGAUCCAUCGAAAAGACUUACUAAGAUCCCUAGAGUUGAUUCAUUAGCUGUGUUUGGAGAACUACUGAAGACAACGCCUCGAGCUAACGUAUCUGCUUGCAUCUCAAGACUAUGUCUCGUCACUGGCUCAAUCUCAAAACUCAAGAAUGGCAAGAGCCCAUCUACAUGGGCCAUGCUCCCUCUGGAAGUAGAAGACAGAGACUAUAGUACUGUCAGGGAAGCGGUCGUUAAGACAUGCAAACGGCCUGAGGCAAGGGAGUUUCUCUGGGAUAUUUACUCAAAGCACAGAGUGGGGAGAAAUGAACCCAGUAGCUCAAUCUUCAGAAUCUCGUCAUCUAUGGAUGAAUUGGCGAACAGUACAAAAAGCCUUGAGGAACAGUAUAAGUUCUCGAAGUUCAGCUGGCGAUGGAGUCAUUACGCAGAUGCGUCAUUCUUUGGUGAUAAUAUGGAACUUCUCUUUGCUACGACAGAAAAGAACUGUUUUGGAAAUGAGUGGACACCAGGGUUCUGCAUUUUUGUUCUGGACUCAUCUGUCGCAAAAAGUGGCAUCAAGGCCAGCAAGAUCUUAUCACCGCAAAAGAAGUUUGCAGAACCGAUAUUCUACCAUAAGAAGGCCGGCUCGUUGCGAGGUUGGAAUUAUAACAACGACGCUAAUUUUGUGUCUGGCAACCUCAAACCGAAGUGUCAAAGGCUGGCCAAAGACUUGAGCCAGGAUCGCGCAUUCUCCUCAGACCAUUCAAUGACGAAAUGGGACCUCUUAACAACAGGUUGGAAGUCGAAAAUCGAGACAGAUGAAGACUUUGAGUUUUCUCCCGACAGGCCUUUCAGGAGGCGGUCAUACCAUUACUCUCUCAGGGAAGCUCUAAUAUGCGACAAGAAGGAGACGAAUCUGCUUCCACAACAAGAUCUUAUAGUAAUCGAGGACGACGAAGAAACAGAAGUGGACUCAGAAAAGCCUCAGACUACUAGUCUCCAGACUGGUAGAUCUGAGUCUGCAUCUAAAGAUACAGCCAAAGCCGACACUGAAGCCGAGAACGAGGAGAACCACGAUGCCAGUCCCAGUAUGCCUGAAGAGAAGGGAAAGAAAAGACCGAUAGACGCUGUUGAGCGAGUUGAUGAGACUGAAGCUUCAACACAUCUUGCUCGAAAGACCAGACACCAGGAGUCAUUGGGUGAGAUAACAUGUAGGCAGUCAGCUGUGGACACGGAAUUGGAGAAGCCUCAGAUAGAGCUGGGUGUAGCAUCUUGUUGA